UAGUAUAGCCAGCAACUCUGCUAUGCUGCCACUUGCCUGAAGAUGUAGGGCAAGGCCUUGCAGACUCAAAGAAACCCCAGGGGAUCAGCGAGGGAAGAGCCUAGUCCUGCUUGAACAAGAUGCAAACUUUUAAGCAACAUACAACUCAAGCUCAGUCUCCUCAGCUUAUUGGAGUAUGGGGUAGACGCUGUCAGCAAAGGCUCUACCCAUUAGUCCUAAGGAUCCACGCUUUUUCACAUAAAAAUUCAAAGGCAAAAAGGAACUGUUCACUGACAAUGGAGAUCCCACCAAUCUAAAUCAGAGAAAUGGCAUUAAGGACAGCAGGGGGAAUUGUAAGUGGGUGACAGAUCACAUGCUUAGUAUAUGUAAGACCCUAGGAAGAAGAAUAAUAUGGAGGAACUUAGUCAUGAGAACUCUGAAGUUAAACUAUAAAUUUAUAGAAUGUGGCCUAAGUUUAACAAGCUUAGCAUGUACUUGCUCAGAAUAUAAUUCCUAUCAUAGAAUAAAGAUUGGUUGCUAUGCGGUAAAGAUUGGUUGCUAUGAUAUUAUCAUUUGAGUCAUCAUUGCCUUCAUUAUUGCUGCUAAGACAAUGUUUUCCAGUGAUUUUAUAGGACAUGCAAACUUGGACUGUUUAAAGUAUCUAAUAACUGGACACAGCUAGCGGCCAUAAUACUGGACAUCACAGGUCUAUACCACUAUGAAAUUGGAGUAAUGAAAAGGGAGUUCCAGAAAUUGAACUCAGGACCUCACACUAGCCAGUCAGGAGCUGUGCCACUGAACGACAUCCACAGCCCAAAGGCCUACUUUCUAAAUCACACUUUUAAUCCUACUACAAUCUGCUGCCAUCGCUGUCAGCCAAGCUCUUCCAGGAUGAGGACCUACCUGACUCUUUAAAAGGAGAAUCACAAAGCCUCACUGAGAGGUGCUCGGGCACACCUGUAGUGCUUGUUAUCUGCACCUACUUCUCAGACUCCACCUUCACUUACCUCUUCUGAAAACUGUCUUCCCACCCAACUGCUUAAUGAAGAGGUAUUAGCAUAUAAUACCAAUAAAGGCAAAAUACCCCUUCCAAAAGCAAACUACACAGGACUCCCUGAAAGUCACAAAACCAAACAAGGGAAAACCAAGGAUUUCUCAUAAUUUAGGAUGUUCCAAACAGUCUACAUGUCUAGCAAAGUCAAUUAAAAUUCUACCUAAAAACAAGAAAUAUCAUGGUAUUAUCAGUCCAAAUGUGUUUAAAAGGAACAGUCUUUAAGUACUGACCUUGCUUUAAAAAAAAAAAAAAGUGUGCUGAAUUUUUUUUAAAAAUUGACGUUAUUCUUCCUGUCCCUCAAGAUGACAAACAGUUCAUUGUUCUGUCCAGUUUACAGAGAUCUGGAGCCAUUCACAUAUUUUUUUUACUUAGUUUUCCUUGUUGGAAUUAUUGGAAGUUGUUUUGCAACCUGGGCAUUUAUACAGAAAACUUCAAAGCACCAGUGUGUAAGCAUAUACUUAAUCAAUCUGCUUAUAGCAGAUUUCCUGCUCACUCUGGCACUACCAGUGAAGAUUACUGUCGACUUGGGUGUGGCACCAUGGAAACUGAGAGUAUUCCACUGCCAAGUUACAGCAUGCCUUAUAUAUAUCAAUAUGUACUUAUCAAUUAUAUUCUUAGCAUUUCUCAGCAUUGAUCGCUAUCUUCAGUUGACACACACCUACAAGAUCUACCGUAUACAACAGCCUGGAUUUGCCAAAAUGCUGUCAACUGUAGUGUGGCUUAUGGUACUUCUUCUAAUGGCCCCAAACAUGGCGAUUCCCAUCAAAGACAUCAAGGAAAAGUCAAAUGUGGGGUGUAUGGAAUUUAAAAAUGAGUUUGGAAGAAAUUGGCAUUUGCUAACAAAUUUCAUAUGUAUAGCAAUAUUUUUAAAUUUCUCCGCCAUGAUUUUAAUAUCCAACUGCCUUGUAAUUCGACAACUCUAUAGAAACAAAGAUAAUGAAAACUAUCCAUAUGUGAAAAAAGCACUCACCAACAUAUUGGUAGUGACUGCUGGCUACAUCGUUUGCUUUGUUCCUUACCAUGUGGUCCGAAUCCCAUACACCCUCAGCCAGACAGAAGUCAUCUCUGACUGCACGACCAGGAUUUCACUCUUCAAAGCCAAGGAGGCCACGCUGCUCCUGGCUGUGUCAAACCUGUGUUUAGACCCUAUUCUGUACUAUCACCUCUCAAAAGCAUUCCGCUUAAAGGUCGCUCAGACUUUUGCCUCAUCUAAGGAGAUUAAGGCUCAGAAAGAAAACUCAAGGUAUGAAAUUGAGGCAUAAAGUACGGAACUGUUCCUGCUCACUUCUUGCUUUACUGGAUCACAAAGCUUCUUAUAGAUUUGAAGGAGACAAAUAAAAUCUUGACAAUGAAAAGUACAGAACAUCAGCAAAUGUGGGCUGAUUUACACGGAAACCCUGUUUCCAAAUGCAGACCAGUCUUAAGUUCACAUGAUUGUUGAUACCCCUUAACCCAAAUGUUUGUACAAGUAAACUGAAGGUAAAAUACCAUAAUAUCUUUAAAGUAAAAAGAGGUUUAUAAAAGACUUUGAAUGUCUGGGAUUGAUUUCUUGAUAAAAAAAAUGCACAUUAAUAUCUAUGUAAUUUGCCAGUAAACCCUCCAAUCAUAGAACUUUAAAGCCUUUUGAUAAAUACAUUACUUCAAGAAACAGUAACCCAUUUGUUCACUACCACUCCAAUUUUUAGUAUAAAAGUUUUUUUCUAAUACAAUUAAAACCUCUCAUAACUAAAAGCAUGAAAAACACACAGAUAAAUUUUUAAUGUAACCUUCAUUCUACCUGUAGAUUAAAAAGGUGUUCUGCUGUGGGUAAUAUAAA